CUGUCACUCACGCUACCGCCGUGACCGAUCAUCUCCCACUCUCUCGUCAGAUCCUCUCGGCUAGCUAGCUAGCUAGCUAGGACAGAGGAGGGAGGGGAAGGCGCUGGCUAUGGCGACUGCGGCGGCGGCGGCGGCCAUGGAGGAGCCGGACGUCGUCAACGGCCGCGACGUGGUGAGCUGGGUGGCGUCCGGGGUGGUGCUGUGGUCGACCGCCUUCUUGCUGGUGCGGGCGCUGUUCCCCAAGCGCUCCUACGACUUCUGCAACCGCGCCGUCUCCACCAUGCACGCCGUCGCCGCCGUGUGCCUCGCCUGCCUCUCCGUCGACGACUGGUCGUGCCCCGUCUGCCCGCUCGCCGCCGCAUCCUCCCCUCGCCAGAUGAAGGCGCUGGCGGUUACGCUGGCGUACAUGGUGUACGACGCGGCGUGCUGCCACCUCAACGGCGACACGCGGCUGGACAACGCCGUGCACCACCUGGUCAGCAUCGUCGGCAUCGGCGCGGGGCUCGCCUACCAGAGGUGCGGGACGGAGAUGGUGGCCAGCAUGCUCGUGACGGAGAUGUCCAGCCCGCUGCUGCACCUGCGGGAGAUGCUCAAGGAGCUGGGCGUGCGGGACACGGAGCUGAACCUCCUCGUCGACGUGCUCUUCGCCGCCACCUUCUCCGCCGCCCGGAUGGGCGUCGGGCCGUACCUCACCUACGUCACCGUGACGGCCGACAACCCCAUCCUCAUCAAGGCGAUGGCGACGGGGCUGCAGCUGGUGAGCGCCUACUGGUUCCUGCGGAUCCUCCGGAUGGUCAGGUACAAGCUCGCCGGCAAGAAGAAGCCGACGCCGGCCAAGCUCGCCGCCGCCGCCGCCAACUGACGUAAUAAGCGCCGGCGACGACCUUCACGAGCUACGCACAUUUAUGAUACCGGGAGUUGGAUUCGACAGAGGCCGUGCUGUACAUAUAGUACAAAUACACACACACGCCCGCCUCUGAAGCAAUGCAAUGCAAUGCAAUGCAAUUUCUCCACUGCCAAGGAUGUGUCUGUCAUCUCUCAUCAACCAAGUGUCGGUGCGUACCAACUGUACGCGCGUUGCUAGCGC